CGCAGAAGUUGCCUUUCAUUUUCAGCUUUAUGCUAGCUUGCUCAUUUUAGUUAUAAACCACUUACUAACAUGGAAGCAGCUCCACUCUGCUUUAACAUGAAGAUGAUCAGGCGCAGGAGAAGGAAGAAAUACCAGAGAUUGAGACGUGAGGAUUCGGAUAAGGAGAAUGUGAAGAAGGGCAGCUGGAAAAAUGGGGUAAAGAUCUCAAAGGAGACCAUUUUAGCUACGGAGCCUUUGAGAAAAUGCAGGGAUGCAUACAUGAAGAUGAUGUUUUAUCUAGCUCAACAUGUUCAAAAGUUGAACAAUGAAAAUGUUCACUUGUUCAAGACAAUUCACAAGCCUUACGGAUGCUUCUAGAACUAUAUGAAGUAUUUCUUUUUUUUUUAAUGCGACGGUCGGUGGUCAGUAGAGAAAAAAACGUGAAGGUUGGUGAUUUGCUAGGUUAUUAAGAAUUUAGAUAAAUUACGGUUGAUGUUCGCCCUCCUUUCCCUUCUCUCUCUUUGGCAUUUAUUCUCUUCCUCACUUUUGUUUCUUUUCUUCCUUGAUGUCGCUUUUCUCCCUUGACAAUCAAGAAGAAUAAAUAAAUAAAUACUUA